AUGUCGAGCAACGUGGUUCUGACGCAUCCCCUGAUCCGCGAUGGCUGGUUCCGCGAAGAGAGCCCGCAGUGGCCCGGGCAGGCGAUGAGCCUGCGCGUGCGCCGCAUCCUGCACCACGAAAAGAGUCUGUUCCAGGACGUGCUUGUGUUCGAGUCGGAGACGUACGGGAACGUCCUCGUGCUCGACGGUGCGAUCCAGUGCACGGAGCGAGACGAGUUUUCGUACCAGGAGAUGAUUGCGCACCUGCCGAUCAACUCGCACCCGAACCCGCGCCGCGUGCUUGUGAUUGGCGGUGGCGAUGGCGGUGUGCUCCGUGAGAUUGUGAAGCACGACAUGGUCGAGGAGGCCGUGCUGUGUGACAUUGACGAGGCCGUGCCGCGUGUGUCGAAGCAGUACCUGCCGCGCAUGGCCGAGGGCCUGUCGCACCCCAAGUCGCGCGUGAUCAUCGGCGACGGCUUUGCGUUCCUCAAGGACCCGCAGAACCAGGGCUCGUUCGACGUCAUCAUCACCGACUCCUCCGACCCCGACGGCCCCGCCGAAGUGCUCUUCCAGAAGCCAUACUUUGAGCUGCUCAAGGGCGCCCUCCGCCCCGGCGGCCACAUCUCGACGCAGGCCGAGAGCAUGUGGCUCCAUCUCCAGCUCAUUCGCUCGCUGACCCAGUCGACCAAGGAGCUGUUCCCCGUCGCCGACUACGCCUACACCAUGAUCCCGACGUACCCAUGCGGCCAGAUCGGCUUCGUCGUGUGCUCGCUCGACCCGGAGCGCAACGUCCGCGAGCCCCUGCGCACCGUGCCCCACUGCUCCUACUACAACAACGACAUCCACCGCGCCGCCUUUGUCCUCCCGCAGUUUGCGCACCGCGUCAUUAUGGACGGCGAGCCGGCGCCCGCCCCCGUCGUCGCGACGGGCGACGUCAAGCGCCGCCGCACCGACGCCUCCAAGCCCAAGAGCGUGCUCGUGCUCGGCUCGGGCUACGUCGCCGCGCCCGUCAUCGAGUACCUCUUGCGCUUCCCUGAGCUCAGCGUCACCAUCGGCUCGGCCCGCCACGCCGCCAAGCUCGGCGCGCAGUUCCCCAAGGCGCGCACCGUGCAGGUCGACGUGCAGGAUGCACAGGCCCUCAGCGCCGCGAUCCAGCCGCACGACCUCGUCAUCUCGCUCAUCCCGUACACGCACCAUGCCGCUGUGAUCCGCGCGGCAUGCCAGCACAAGGUCGACGUCGUCACGACGUCGUACGUGUCGGACGCGAUCCGCGCUCUCGAGCCCGAGAUCCAGGCUGCCGGCAUCACGGUCAUGAACGAGAUCGGCCUCGACCCCGGUCUCGACCACCUGUACGCCGUCAAGGCCAUCGCCGACAUCCACCAGGCCGGCGGCCAGGUGCAGUCGUUCCGCUCGUUCUGCGGCGGUCUGCCGGCGCCCGAGGCCGCGACGAACCCGCUCGGCUACAAGUUCUCGUGGUCGUCGCGCGGCGUGCUCCUGGCCCUGCGCAACACGGCCAAGUUCGUGCGCGACCAUGCCGUGCAGACCGUGAGCGGCCUCGACUUGAUGGCCACCGCGCAGCCGUACCACAUUCUCCCGUCGCUCGCCCUGGUCGCGUACGCCAACCGCGACUCGACGCCCUUCCGCGAGUGGUACGGCAUCCCCGAGGCCGCCGAGUGCAUCCGCGGCACGCUGCGGUACCAGGGCUUCCCUGAGCUCGUCCUCGCCCUCGUGCGCCUCGGCUUCCUCGACGAGACGUCGCAGGACUGGCUCGCGGCGCCAGGUCUGACGUGGUCGCAGCUCGCGGCGCGCCUCGUCGGCACGCAGGCCGACGAGGCCUCGCUCCGCCGCGGCAUCGAGGAGCGCACGGGCGCGAGUGAGCUCGUGAUCGAGGGUCUCCGCUGGCUCGGCCUCUUCUCGGACGACGCGGUCACGGUCGGUGGCCUGCCGGAGCAGCUCGCGGCCAAGUCGGGCAACCUGCUCGACACGCUGUGCGUGCGUCUCGAGGGCAAGUGCGCGUACGCGCCCGGCGAGCGCGACAUGGUCCUACUGCAGCACCGCUUCGGCGUCGUGACCAAGGACGGCGCACACAAGACGCUCACGUCGACGCUCCUCGACUACGGCGUGCCGAACGGCACGACGGCGAUGGCGCGUCUCGUGGGCCUGCCGUGCGCGAUCGCAGCGCGCCUCGUGCUGGAGCGCCAUCCCGCACUCAAGAAGACCGGCAUCAUCGUGCCGUACUCGCUCGACGUCGCUGAGCCCAUCCGCCUCGAGCUCGUGCAGGAGGGCGUGGCGCUCGAGGAGCAGUGGCUGUAG